AUGUCGGCUCACUUUCUCAUGAUCUUUCUCCUUUUCACCAUCCACACGUUCAAGUGCACCUACGCCUUUGGUGAUUUUCGUGAGAAUGGCUUCAACUACGACACGGGCAUCCCUGUGGGCGUGUUCCAGCUUAAUGGCGUGGCUUCUGUCACAAGCGGGACACUUAUGCUAACCAACAAUGAUCCACAAAAGAGCGGGCAUGCUUUCUCCAGGCGUCCAUUUGGCUCUAUUUCCUCAUUCUCAACAACCUUUGUGUUCCUCAUCAUGCCUAUGGACAACAACGAUGGGGUGAGUGCGCAUGGGCUUGCCUUUGCGCUUUCAUCCACGAUGGACUUUGUGUUCGAUGCCCUCCCGGGUCCUUACUUGGGCUUGACCAACAUGGAAAGGAACGGCAAUGGCACAAACCAAUUCUUUGCUGUUGAGCUUGAUACAAUUAAGAAUCCCCAAUUUGCUGAUAUUGAUGACAACCACAUUGGUGUCGAUGUAAACGGCAUGGAGUCCAUCUAUUCCCACACGGCUGGUUACUACACCUCAAAUGGUAUGUUCUCUCCAUUGAAGCUUGCUAGUGGUAAACCGAUGCAAGUAUGGGUGGACUAUGAUGAAAUCUCACACACCAUUAAUGCCAGUUUGGCGCCUUACUUAGAGCUCAAGCCGCACCGUCCAUUAUUGUCAAGCAAUGUUAAUCUUACGUCUGUGUUGGCAAACAACUCAUUCUAUGCUGGGUUUUCAUCUUCAACGGGACUCCUUAAGUCAAGGCAUUACAUUAUUGGAUGGAGUUUCAACACAACUGGGAAGGCUCAUCCACUUAACUACGCAUCCAUGUCUCUAAUUAUAGAAGAAGUUAGACAUACAACACAAAAUCGUUCACGUAUUCCCCGAGCCAUUCUUGUACCAGUUGUCACUCUACCAGUGAUGACCGCACUUGUUAUUAUUGUCAUUUAUGUUCUUAGGAGGAAGGCAAGGAAGAAUUCCGAGUGGGAAAUUGAGACCGGGCCACCAUCUUUCACAUAUAAAGAUCUAGCCACUGCAACAAGAGGUUUCAAUAACAUGAUGCUACUAGGGGAAGGUGGAUUUGGGAAGGUGUAUAAAGGAGUGCUACCAACUUCAAAGCAAAAUGUUGCAAUCAAGAGGAUUUCUCCAGAAUCAAAGCAGGGGAUGAAGGAGUUCAUAUCCGAGAUUGUCACACUUGGUCAUCUCCGACAUCGCAACCUUGUCCAAUUGCUUGGCUAUUCUCGUCAUGGAAAUGAGCUCCUUCUAGUUUAUGAUUACAUGCCAAAUGGUAGUCUUGAUAGAUUUUUGCAUGGUCAAGAUAGGCAAGCAUUGAACUGGGUUCAUAGGUUUGACAUUAUAAAAGGCAUCGCAUCUGGUCUUUUCUACCUCCAUGAGGAUUGGGAGAAAGUUGUCAUCCAUCGAGACAUCAAGUCAAGCAAUGUCCUUAUCGAUAACGAAAUGAACUCAAGGCUUGGUGAUUUUGGCCUUGCAAGAUUGCACAACCAUGGAAAUGGGACUGGCGGCCACAUCACAAAUUUGGCCGGCACCAUGGGUUACAUUGCUCCCGAGUUAGCUACGCUUGGGAGGGCAACCAAGGCGACCGAUGUAUUUGCAUUUGGUGUGUUCAUGUUGGAGGUUGCUUGCGGGAGGCAUCCGAUAGGAGUGAGUUAUUCUGGUGAGCCGGUGCUGCUAGUAGAUUGUGUGCACUAUGCAUGGCAACACAAUUCAAUCCUUACAACAGUAGACCCAAGGCUGGAAGAUUAUAUCAUGGACGAGGUAGAUUUAGUUCUAAAGCUUGGCCUAUUAUGCUCUCAUACAAUACCUACUUGUAGGCCAUCCAUGCGCUUAGUUAUGCAGUACCUUGGAGAGGGUGCACCACUUCCAGAUUUGCCACCAAUUUUGAGCCUUACAAGAAGAGAUCAAGGUUUUGAUCAACAUAUCAUGUUAUCCAGUUCUCCGACAAUGAGAAUGACCGAUCUAUCUAGUGGAAGAUGAUAAAUAUUAGUUAGGAAAAUCCAUGUGA